AUGCAGCAUAGAAAGCAACAGCUGCUCUUGGGGGUGCUGAGAUCAGGUAGAGAGCAGCAACUGAGCUGCAGCAACAAAAAACAGCCAGCAGCAGCCGCAAGGGGAGGGCAGCAACAGCAGCAGCAGCAGCAGCAGCAGCAGCAGCAGCAGCAGCAACGGCAGCAGCAGCAGCUGGAGGGGGCGCAACAGCAGCAGCAGCAGCAGCAGCAGCAGCAGCAGCAGCAGCAGCAACGGCAGCAGCAGCAGCUGGAGGGGGCGCAGCCUAGGCGCCGUUGCAGCGGGGGGCCCCCGGGGCCCUUCAGUGCCCUUCCUGAUGAUCACGAGACGCAGCAGCAGCAGCAGCAGCAGCAGCAACAGCAGCAGCAGCAGCAGCAGCAGCAGCAGCAGCAAGUCCCCUCGGCUUCCCAUGCAAGCCGCGAGACUCUCUCCCGGCCGCGCAACAGCACCGCGUGGGCGCGGUGGGGGCCCAACCACCACCACCCACAGCAGCAGCAGCAGCAGCAGCAGCAGCAGCAGAAAGAGCAGCAGCAGCAGCAGCAGUGA